AUUGGAAUACAUACCGAGUAGAUAUAUAUAUAAGAAUUGAAGCUGUCAAGUUUCUCUCCUUCUUCUCUCCAUAUACAAAUACAUCCCUUGGAAAAGUUUAAUGCCCUUACUUUACAUAUCAAUUGAAUUACUACGUCGUUGUUUCCUCCCUCUAUACACAUUAUACACAUACCAUUCUUCGUGAUAAGAUACCUACCCAAACUACAAUACACAACACAACGCACGAUACAUACAUACAUAAUGCUCGCCUCAAGAACAGCAUCAAGAGCUGCGGCUCGCACCAUUCGUGCACCCAUUAGACAACAAGCUAGACAAACUCGAUUUGUUUCGACGACACAAGCUGAAGGUGCAAAGGCAGGUGGUGCUUCGGGCUUUGCAGCGGGUAUUGCAGGUGGUGCCGUGGUUUUGGUUGGAUGCUAUACAUACUACCAAUUUUCCGGUGCCAAAACCGUCGUCAACGCUUACUCUUCUACGAAAUCUCAGUUCCAAAAGGCUACCUCAGCACUUUCUGAAAAAGCUCCCGAACCAAAUCAAGCUAUCAAAUGGCUCCGCAAUGCCACUUCUUCUUAUGCCGCCUUUAUCCCUGGUGCACAAUCAUUCCUCGAUAGUGCAUUUAACGAUAUUGAGAAAGUGCAAGAAAAACAUGGCAAGGAAGUCGAUGAGAUUGUCAACAAAACCUAUUCUGAAUUGAAGAAUAUCAGUAACAAAGGAGGACUUGAUAUGCAAACUGCGGUGCAGAGUUAUAAUGUAUUGACAAAGGCUUUGGGCGAGAUUGCUGAGUUAGGGAAGGACUCUCUAGGAGACAUUAUGGAUAAUCACCCACAAAUCAAGAAACAGGUAGGGAGCAACUUGGAUCAGUUGAAGAGUAUGGCUGAGAAUUACGGACCGGAUGCCAAGAAAGAAUUGGAUGACACUUAUAAGAAAGUUUCUGAGAUUCUCUCCGGAGGAUUGGGUGCCGGGUCGAUUGAAAAAGUUCGUAAAUUGAUCCAAGAGAAGAGCGAGAAGGUUCAGAAGCUUGGAGAACAAGCUUGGAAUAAGGGAAUGGAGGAGUGGAAACCGUAUUUGGAGAAGAACCCUAAGGUUAAGGAGAUUGUCGAGAAGAACACCGAUGCCUUGAAGUCUGGUAACGUCAAGGAAAUCUUCGAUCAAGUCAAGAGAGCUGUUGAGUCUGGAAACACAGAUGAUCUUCAGAAAUAUGUCAAAGAUGCAGGAGAGAAGGCAAAGAACAGUGGAUUGGGACAAAAUGUUCAACAGUAUGCUCAACAAGCUGCUAAGAUGGCAGGAAUCCCCGGAUCAGAAAAGUUGUGGGAGAAAUUACAACGUUUGCAAGAUGUAGCAAAGGAUCAUGGGGAUGAGUUGGAGGGCUUGGUAAAGAGUGCUUAUGACGAUAUUAGUAAGGUUGUUGAGAAGAAGGUUGCGGAAGCGGAGAAGUUGAAGGGAAAGGUUGAGAAGGAUGUCAAGAAAUAAAGGGGGAGUUUUCAUUUGGGAUCAACGGGUGAAGCAUGGUUUAUGAGUUAUGCUGGCUGGCUUGUAAUAUAGUUUGGGGCGUGGAUUGCAUGGGAUUGGGCUGGGCUGGGCACGACAUUGGGAUGGAGAACAGAACAAAAUGAUACGAAACGAAAAUAAAAUAAAAGUAAUUAAUGAUGCCUAUUAUGUUUUCCUG